AAAAAAAAAAGCGCAACAAGUGUAGUUUACAGAGUAGCCUAGGAUUUUAGUGAAAUAUUAAAAUACUUUGUUGAACAAGUUAUGGAUAUUAAACAAAAAGAACAUUCACAGAGAUAAAAACAAACGUUUCCUUCAUCGCUACCCGGGUGGUCCGCGGGCGGGAGAUUUUUUGCCGAAUUUUUACCGCUGGCUAAGGAGACUAAAGACUCUUAUCAAGGAAACGUCACUUCAGUCAAAAUCAUGGAGAUUGAAAACCUUUCUUCCUCAGUGAAGAUCUUUUACUUUCGAAAUGAAAAUGUCAUUUUAAGAGUACCAUUUUGCUUCAUUCUGCAGCUGGUAACGUAUUUUGACAAGAUUGCAAAGGAGUCCAAGGAAGAAGACACGAAAACUUGGUAUGAAAUUGCAGCUCUGAUCAGUGGACUUAUUGGUGCCACUGGGUUGCUCGCAAACCUUAGCUACCUUCAGAAAUGUUUUGUUUGGUUAAUUGAAGAAGUUGUGCUCCUAGCUGCAUUUGUGGCGAUUAUUACGUACACUCCUUCAGAUGCCAAGAAAGAUCACUCCAGAAACAACUCAAGCCUUGACAGUUCAUCUUACAUGUAUCUGGAUGGCAUUUACGGUUAUUCAGUUUUAUAUGCUCAAGUUUUCAUUGCUGUCAGCAUAGCCAUUACUCCUCGUAAAUGGGCCGUUGUCAGUGCCAAACAAACAGUGGCAAUGUUUAUUAUUUUCCCUGUCGUAAUACAGCUUUUGACUCUUCCGUUUGUUAAGGCUUCAUCAAUCUUGAGGGACAUCUGUCUGGUCUACCUUGCAUUUGCUUCAGUAAUUCAGAUGUACAAAGCCUGCCUUGGAUUGUUACAACUACUCCAGGACUUCCCAGGGAUGAUAAAGAAUACAUUCAGAAUUUUAAUCACCUUUGGAUGGCUGGAUUUAUUUGUGUACCACUGGAAACGAAUUAACUUAGGUCAAGUUCUGAUGGUAGCUUGGGUGAUAAAAUUUUCAGCCAUAUUUAGUGUUAUCUUGACUAGGACCUUCAGUAUAACCGUAGCCAUGUCUGGAGGUCUGGUACUGUGUUUUGACAGCCUGCAAGAUGUAGCAGGAGCUAGCAUUGUGGUUGGAGUGAUGGCAAAUGUUAUCUUGGAUAUCAUUAGCAUAAUAAUUAAAGGAAAUCUUGAGCGUCCCCGGGAAGAUCGCCACCAGGAGCUCUGGAAUGAUAGUGUUUCCUUUUUCCUUUUGUGCGUACAAGUUGGAAUUGUCAACUUACCUAAGCAGGAACGCCUCAUGCGAAUUGGUCUAGUCAUGUUUGUGACAAUUUCGCUGUUUCUGCAGUCCGCUUAUGAACUAACAGAACCAGCCCUCAUGUCUCUGGGGGCAACAUACACAGGUGUUUUCAAUAGCAAACAUCUAAACACACUAGUGGUUUGUGCUGUGAUCUUGGUACUUCCUGGGUACAUGAUAAUUGUACUUUGUCAAAUGUUCACCUUUGACGCUUGGCUUUUUGUGAUAAUCUCCAGCAAUCUUGUUACAAUUGUUCAAGUAAUGUGCUCACUUGUAAUUUACGCACUUUUCGUAUCCAAUGUUCAUUCAGAGAGUCAAGUGAGGGACUUGGACGACUAUGUUUAUUACAUCAAUGCUGGGUCAAAAGUCUUUGAGUUUCUAGUUGCAGUGGUUGUCCUGGGGUAUACUGCAUGGGCCACAUUAAACGGAGAAUGGAAUUACAUUGGUGCUUUAGUCAUCUCAAUGCAUGCAUACUUCAAUGUCUACAAGCGAGCUCAAGAGGGAUGGAAAAACUUCCUUUUACGGCGCAAUGCAGUAAAAAGACUCAACUCCUUGCAAUGGGCUACUGAGGAACAGUUACAGCAGCUCAAUGACGUCUGCUGCAUUUGUUAUGAAGCCCUUGAUAGGGCCAAAGUAACCAAGUGCAAUCAUUACUUCCACAGCUUGUGUCUUAGAAAAUGGCUGUAUGUGCAAGACAAAUGUCCUAUGUGUCAUGCAGACAUUCUGCCACAGGAUUGACUAUUACCUGUCCUGCAGCGAAUGGCUGCCGUGGGUUAACAAUGGACCAUCGUGCAGUUGAGUUGUGCUUUCUCAAACUCUUUAGGGACACAAAAAGUACUUUCAAGAUGGUGAUGAUUUAGGAGAGACAUUUGUAAAUGUUUGAAAAAAGCAAACCUGAGGGAAAAGUAUUUGAGUCUGUGAUAGCCAAGUUAAAAGUUGAAUAAUGCAUUGAUUAACUGGUUACUGCUCAGAUGCUUCAGCAAAGCUGGAUAGUUUUGUGAAAAACAAAACAAAACAAAACGGUAUUCCACUGACCUUACUGAAGGAUUUUUGUUUAUCAGUUAAAAAAUAUAUAUAUAUCCCAUGGGAAAUUUACAGUUGGUGCUAAUCAUUAUUUACAUGUACAUUUUUACUAAGCUUUUUAUAGAAAACAAGCUCUUGAAAGUUGGCAAUUUAUUUAAAUAUAAAUUAACAUAUAUUUACUGGGCUGAGAUUAUUGAUAGUAAAUGGCUGCAGAGAUACUGAGGUUCCAGAACUCCAAUACUUACAACAGGAGGGACCCUGCAUUUUGCUUCUAACAGAGCCCUGUCAUUUGAGGGGCUAGGUGUCAGUGUGCAGUUGUCAAACCUCUGUGUAGUUGUCACCAAUAGGAAUCUGCUAAAUGCAGGCUGUCGAUGUUUGAAAUUAUGAUGGGCUACAAUAUACAAAUUUUAGUUUCUGGAGGUCAUUACAACAACAAAGCACUUCAAUCUCCUACACUGUAACUACAAGGCUUUAAUAAGUAGACUUUUUGCCAGUAAUAAUUUAUUUGAUUUUCUUAUUCAGAUGUACACCUGUGUUUAAACAUUUAUUUUAAAUUGCUUGAUGCAAGUUUGGAACCCAAAUAAAUAUUUAAAAACAAGUUAAAGGAGGGUAUAUAAUAUUAUUUUACUAGUAGCAGUACUCUUGAAAAGGAACAUCGAGCUGCACAUGAUGAACAAACUUAAAAAUUAUGUGCAUUUAAAUCUUCAAGUUGGUUAAUGUUGGCUACAUUUAUAUUUAUAUAAAAAAAACUUUUAAUUUAAGUUUGGUUACAGAUCAGAUUAUAAAGUUUAUAAAAGGUUGUAAUCUUCAGAUUGACGUUAAAUAUAAGAUUAUAAGACUCAUGAACACAAGAAA